CAAGUGCUGCCAGAGUGGACGCUGAGGCUGAGGAGGCACCGAGAGCGAGGGCUGCUAGCAUGUUGUCACCUCUCAAUAGGAGAGCCAUGUGAUUAGGAGCCUAGGGCUUUGUGAUUAGGAGCCUAGGGCUAUGUGAUUAUUCUUGACCAAUGAGUUUGGAAAGAAAGCAAUGCAUAUCACUACUAAUCUGGGGGUAUUUAAAGACAAUACAAAUUCCAUGUCUUUCUUCCCCUGCUGUGGCAACUGCCCUAUGUAUAAGAAAAAGAAUAUUUGGACGAUUUCAACUGUAAUUAUUUGCGUUAUUCUUCUUAAAUAUAAACCACUCCAGAUUAUUACUAUAGAUAUUUCCUAGACAAUUUCUCCUCACAGGGAGGUUCUCUGAAAUUAUAGAGCUGGACAGGGAAGAAAGGCCCAGAAACCUAGAAGCCAUGAAUGAAUUAUGUAAAAACGUUUUGAUGGUUAAUGGUCCUUACAAUCAGACUCGUACAACACCGGCCCCUCUCAGGUUCCCCUUUCUGUGCCCUUCUUCCCCUGGGCAGUGCCUAUCAGAGGCUCCUCUUUUCUCCCAGUGGCAUCUGCUUUAGAACAAUCCCUGCUACCAGUGUGAAUGGGGUUUAAGCCCUUCUCGGGGGGUCAUUUGCAUCUAGACAAACUUCUAACUGUUAGGACAUAUCCCAGCUGGGAAGGACUGAAAUCUACCAACUUCCUUGGCAUUCGUGUCUUUCUUUCUAGUACAGAUGAAAUAAUUAAAACACUCUUUUUUCACUUUUGAGAAGAGACAGUUGGCCCACAUGACAGUAAAUAACUACUGAUUAACUUUCCAUUUAAACUUUAUUUUGUUUAAUGGCAUGAAAGAGAAUUUCAGACAUAGGCACGUGGUGGGGUUUGUUAGCAGUCAGGAAGCUCAGUGAAGAUUCAAGAGAGGAAGAAGACCAUCUGGAGUUUCAGUUUUACUUUCUUUUUCUCUGGGAGCUGAGCUACAAGAUAACAGGACUGAACAGGGAGCCAACUGUUUCUUUGGACAGUAAAUCAGGAACACCAAUGGACCAAAAUGAACACAAUCACUGGGGAUCACAUGCAAAGGGCCAAUGUGCCAGCAGAUCUGAGCUGAGAAUCAUCCUUGUGGGCAAAACAGGAACCGGCAAAAGUGCUGCAGGGAACAGCAUCCUCAGGAAGCAAGCAUUUGAAUCGAAGCUGAGUUCCCGGACCUUGACUAAGACUUGCAGCAAAAGUCAGGGAAGCUGGGGAGAUAGAGAGAUUGUCAUUAUUGACACACCAGAUAUGUUUUCUUGGAAGGACCACUGUGAAGCUCUGUACAAAGAGGUGCAGAGGUGCUACUUGCUCUCUGCACCAGGACCCCAUGUGCUGCUCCUGGUGACUCAGCUGGGCCGCUACACCUCACAGGACCAGGAGACUGCACAGAGGGUGAAGGAGAUCUUUGGAGAGGAUGCCAUGGGACACACAAUUGUCCUCUUUACCCACAAGGAAGACCUCAGUGGUGGCUCCCUGAUGGAUUACAUGCACAACUCUGAUAACAAAGCCCUAAGCAAGCUGGUGGCAGCAUGUGGUGGGCGAAUCUGUGCCUUUAAUAACCGUGCUGAAGGGAGAAAUCAGGAUGACCAAGUGAAGGAGCUAAUGGACUUGAUUGAGGAUCUGUUGAUGGAGAAAAAUGGUGAUCACUAUACCAAUGGGCUGUACAGCCUAAUACAGAGGUCUAAAUGUGGAUCUAUGGGAUCAGAUCAAAAAUUAAAGGAAUUCAAAGAGAGCCUUAUAAAGUACAUGGAAACUCAGAGAAGUUACACAGCCUUGGCUGAAGCAAAUUGCCUGAAAAGAGCCUUAAUCAAAACACAACUGUGUGUUUUAUUUUGUAUUCAGUUGUGUCUCAGAUUGCUAAUUCUGUUGCUUUGCAUAUUGCACAGCAUGUGCACUUUGUUUUGUUGCUUACUCUUUAGUAUGUGCAAUUUACUCUGCAGCUUGCUGUUUAUUAUACCCAAAAAGUUAAUGAUAGUUUCGAGAACAGUUAUUAGACUAGAACGCAGGACUCCUAGGUUAUAGUUACAGAUCCCAGUUAUUAUUUACUCACUAGUGGGUGAAUCACAGUGCUUUCCCUGUAAAAUGUGGUACCUGAUGUCAUAUUUGAGAUUCUAUGAAAUGUUUAAAUCUUAACAUCACUCCAAUUAUUAAUGAAUCAAAUCAUAUGGUAAGUUACUGUCUGCAUUGAAAUAUAAUAUCAAAACCUUUUGAAAUCUGUAAACAUAAAAUUCCUCUGAUUUUCAAAUAUUUAAAGCCAGUUUUAUGUUCCUAAAAACUCAUUUUCUUCUUUCUAGUACUACUGUUUCUACUGAAUAUAAUGAAAAUGGCAAUAAAAUAAUAUUACAUAAACUGUAAA